UAUGGUAAAGUGGCGGAAUCAGACGGUAGAUGUCAGUGCACUCACUCACUCGUGUUUGUCUUAAAGUUGUUUUAGUCGAGUUGCGCUGAUGUCUGGAUAAAUAAACCCUGUGAAAAAUUCAAAACUCCGAGGCCUCAUCGGAUUUUAUUGAUGCUGAUCUCGUCAGUGCUAUUUGGAUAUGGCAUUGUGGAUACAGGCGCAGCAGUUGCAGGGGGAUGCCCUGCACCAGAUGCAGUCUUUGUAUGGGCAGCAUUUUCCCAUUGAGGUGCGGCAUUAUCUGGCCCAGUGGCUGGAAGCUCAGGCAUGGGAUGCAAUAGAUCUGGAAAAUCAGCAGGAUGAGUUUAAAGCCAAGCGUCUGUUGGACAGUCUGAUACAGGAGUUGCAGAAGAAGGCAGAACAUCAGAUGGGUGAAGAUGGGUUUCUGCUCAAAAUCAAACUGGGUCAUUACGCCUCACAGCUGAAGAGCACCUAUGACCCCUGCCCUCUGGAGUUUGUGCGGUGUGUCAAACACAUACUCUACACUGAGCGAAGACUUGUACAGGAAGCAACUAAUGCCAGCAGUCCAGGUUCUGGUCCAGUAGAUGGAACCCCUCAGAGAUACCAGCAGAUCAACCAGACGUUUGAAGAGCUUCGCAUUAUGAUGCAGGAGACAGAAAAUGAUCUCCGCAAACUGCAGCAUAGUCAGGAAUACUUCAUCAUUCAGUACCAGGAGAGCUUGAGGAUACAAGCUCAGUUAAGUAGUUUGUCCAGCCUUCCACCAGCCGAGCGUGUUCAGAGAGAAACUGGUCUGCAGAGCAGGAAGUCAACAUUGGAGGCUUGGCUCACGCGAGAGGCCAACACCUUACAGAAAUACAGACAGGAGCUUGCAGAGAAACAUCAGAAGACUUUGACUCUGUUGCGGAAACAGCAGGCUCUGAUCGUGGAUGAUGAACUAAUUCAGUGGAAAAGACGACAACAGCUCGCUGGAAAUGGAGGACCAGCAGAGGGAGGACUAGACAUACUGCAAACCUGGUGUGAAAAGCUGGCUGAUAUGAUCUGGCAAAAUAGACAACAGAUUCGUAGAGUUGAGCACCUGACGCAGCAGCUGCCCAUACCUGGACCAACCGAGGAACUGCUCGCCGAACUCAAUGCUACUGUCACAGACAUCAUUUCAGCAUUGGUCACUAGCACGUUUAUUAUAGAGAAGCAGCCUCCUCAGGUGCUCAAGACUCAGACUAAGUUUUCAGCAACGGUGCGUCUGCUUGUCGGAGGAAAACUCAACGUGCACAUGAAUCCACCUCAGGUUAAAGCCUCCAUCGUCAGUGAGCAACAGGCCAAGGCUUUACUCAAGAACGAGAACACCCGCAAUGACAGCAGCGGGGAGAUCUUAAACAACAACUGUGUUAUGGAGUACCACCAAACCACAGGCACCCUGAGUGCACACUUCAGGACCAUGUCUCUGAAGCGUAUUAAGCGUUCAGACCGGCGUGGGGCAGAAUCAGUGACAGAAGAGAAGUUUACCGUUCUGUUUGAAUCUCAGUUCAGUGUGGGAGGAAAUGAGCUUGUGUUUCAUGUCAAGACAUUAUCACUGCCUGUCGUGGUUAUCGUUCAUGGUAGUCAAGAUAACAACGCCACAGCGACUGUGCUCUGGGACAAUGCUUUCUCUGAACCGGGUCGAGUGCCAUUUGUGGUCCCUGAUAAAGUUAUGUGGCCACAGCUGUGUGAGGCUUUGAACAUGAAGUAUAAAUCAGAGGUUCAGAGCGACAGAGGCCUGUCAGAAGAUAAUCUGGUGUUCCUCGCUCAGAAGGCCUUCAGCAGCUCCAGCAACAAUCCUGAGGACUAUCGCAAUAUGACCAUCACCUGGUCUCAGUUCAACAGGGAGAGUUUACCAAGCAGAAAUUUCACAUUCUGGCAGUGGUUUGAUGGAGUGAUUGAGCUAAUGAAGAAACAUCUGAAGUCUCAUUGGAAUGAUGGAGCAAUUUUGGGGUUCCUGAACAAACAGCAGGCUCAGGAUAUGUUGAUGUCCAAACCCAAUGGCACAUUUCUCCUGCGAUUCAGCGACUCUGAGAUUGGAGGGAUCACUAUUGCAUGGGUUGCAGAGAACCCCAAUAAAGCAGGAGAACGAAUGGUGUGGAACCUCAUGCCUUUCACUACUAGAGAUUUCUCCAUCCGCUCUUUGGCUGAUCGGAUCAGUGAUCUGAACCACCUACUAUUCCUCUACCCUAACCAGCCUAAAGAUGAAGUCUUCUCACGUUACUGCACACCUCCAAACUCAAAGGCAGUGGGGGAUGGAUAUGUCAAACCAGAGAUCAAGCAGGUGGUGAAGGUUGAAUUCUCUUCACCCAAUCCUGAACCAUCUCACGGGAAUUCCUCUUUCAUGGAGCAUGCAAUGUCACCCACCAUCAGUCAACAGCAUAACUUUACAAUCUAUCCGUCUAUGAAUGACCCCAUGUUGGACACGGAGGGAGAGUUUGAUCUGGACGAGACGAUGGACAUGGCCCGACAGGUGGAGGAGUUCCUGCGUCAGCCCAUGGAAACCCAGUGGAGUGGACAACAAUCAUGACCUUUGACCCCAUGAUCUUUCAUCUCAACUACACAAAGAACUCAAUGGUUCCAUUCCAUGCUUUUAUAAUAACGAAUGUGAAAUGUUUCUAAGUGAUGUUUGUCAAUGCUGGUCAGUGAAUUUUAGAUCUGCCUUUGCAUUUAUGUUACAGUUUUGUGUCUUAUUUCUCAUCAUUAAUGUCAAAAAACAGUAGAUGGUUCUGCACAGUACAGAACGUUUUGUGAAGUGCAUCAGUAACAUCAUCUUCUGUGUCAGGCUAAAUGAGUUUGCACUUAAACCGAUGACAAUCCAUUGGUCCAAUCAGAAGGUCACAUCAUCAGCUUUCAGAAUUCAGACCAGCUUUAAUGAGAAUGAUGUAACGCCGUUGUCUGAUAUUAGUUAAACAGAAUGCCUCUUACCAGUUUCCAUUUGUUGAACAAAUAAUCGUUCUAUUGGUUAAGCCAAAUGUUGACGUGUGGGCCCACUAAACUAUCAGCGAAAACUCAGUAGCCCUUUGCACAAGGAAGUGUUUGUCUUUAAAAAUGUAUCAAUCAUGAGUAAACAAGCACCUACAAUCCUGACAAAAGACAAAAAGCUGCAGCUGGACGUGUUUUCCUGGCAGUCCAGGUAUAUCACAGCAAUUAAACUGGCUUAAUGUUACAAAUGUUAGAUUAUUGUUACGCCGUUUCAGCCAGACUUUAAUCAGAUUAAAGCAAAUUAUUUAAGUAUUCCUCUUAAAGGCAUUCGAACUGAAGCAACAGCAUCGGGGUUCAUCGUGAAUACUACAGCUUAAAAACACUAAGGCCCGGUUUUACAGACAUGGCUUGUCUUAAGCCAGGACUGUGCCUUAGUUAAGUUAGAAUAUUUAAAUCACGUUUAUAAAAAUGCCUUAGAAAAACUUUAAGCCAAAACAUUGACACUGGUAUAUUUUAAGAUCUGUCAGGGCAAGUUAUUUUCAGUUUAGACACCUCAAACAUUCGUUGUAGUCUGAAACUAGCCUUAACCCUUGUCUGUAAAACCGGCCAAAAAUUUGAGCUGUUGACUGCAAACAGAUUUGUUUUUACGAACUGCUAAAAAACUGGAACCUCUGCACUGAAACAUGGAUUUGCAGAGUUGCUGUUAUUUGUUGAGUUUGAUGAAUUUUGUGGUUAAAUUGAACUCAUCUUUGAAUGCUCACCAUAAUGUAUGUUUUACUUAAUCAUAAUACUGACAAAAUCUUAACAGUUACACAGAAUAUAUGAUGCUAAAUGUUUAAAUCAUACAGUAAGUAAGAGACAACCUAUUUUGGGGUUUUGGUUUCACAUUUUUUUGGUGUUCGGCAGUCUGUAUUAAGAUAGCUCGUCGUCACACAAUCGCAAAACAUCUCUUUCCCGUAUUAGAUGGCUUUGGUUUUUACAGCAUUCAAUGAUGUAGUCGCUCAGUGUGUGAAACUGCAGUUUGGUUGUAUAUAUCAAGAGGUCUUCUUGCCUCCUCCUAGUAAGGACCAACUGUCAUGCAGCGUUUAACUCUAACCCUAUUUUAAACAGUCCACAAGCACUGUGUUAUAAGAAUUAGGUUGACACCUGCUGAGUUCCUUUGCUGAAGUGGUGUUUGCUUCAUCAGUUUAGUGGCAAGUUCAUUAGUUUGUGCAUAAUUUGUCAUAACCCAUAUAUGACAACUAUUCACUGAACUUGCAAGAACCAGUGAACGUCUUGCGCACCUAGGGGAGGUGGAGCCGGGUCUCAUGAAAUCCUUGGUGUUUAAAGUCAGACGGCAUCAUGCGGGGAAGGUUUGUUGCCGAGGUCCAGGAGCAUGCAUAGUUUAUGUCAAGCCCUCAAACUUAA